AAAAAGUGACCAAAAUCCUAUCAUAGUGUCAAAGUGUUAAUAUGACAUCUAAAUUCAUCUGGGCUUUACUCCAAAUACUGAAAAGAAUACAGGUUAAAUCAAACUCUGCAUGUGAAAGUUGAUUUUGGUUUUUUCCAUAAUUACCUAUGAUUUUCCCAUAUGAAAAAAAUAUAUAUAUCUUUAUUUGUUUAUACAAAUAUAUACGGGUGUAUAAAAAAAGCCAGUCAUUUUUUCUUUGUUGACUCUUCACGUAACUAAAUUUUUCAAUUAUCUUUCUAUUUAUAUAUUUAUUCUCUUCACUCACCUUCUUCGCUGGCCAUUCAUUCAUUUUCUUUCCUUUUCCUUUUCCUUUUCCUUUUCUUCUCUCUCUCAUUUUCUCUCCAAAGGGUCAGUGAAUCCAUAAACAGAUCUCAUCUCAUCUCUCCCUUUCUCUCACUCUCAUUUUCUUUUCUGGUUUAUUUCAUCAUACUAUUGAGUUCAAAACACCUUGCUUUGAUUGAGAGGUAUCACCUAAUAUACCAAAAAAAGCCUUAAACUUUUUUAGUUUUUUUUAUUUUAUUAUCCCUGAAAUUAAGACAAUUAAGUCAAACAUCUGGGUUUUCUUUGAUUCCUUUUUCUACAUAUAUUAUGACUAUUUCAAAAACCAUUUCUCACAACUCUAUAAUUCUUUCUUGUCUUCUGGGUUUCCUCAAGUCUAAGGGAAGAACAUAAAAUCUUGCAACUUUUUCUUUCUUUUACUAUUUUUCUUUUCACCUCAUAUAUACAUAUACAUAUUCAUACAUACAUAUGUGUUAAUAGAGUCUGUGAAGAUAAGGAUGAAUACCAAGUUUUGGUCUUCAAAUAAGAGCUCUGCUGAGGAAGAAGGAGGGCCAAGUGUGGAGCAUUGGGAGAUUAAGCCUGGAGGAAUGUUGGUUCAGAAGAGAAACUCAGAUGUGAAUCCAAGUUCUGUGUCAACUCCCACCAUAAGAGUUAGAGUCAAAUAUGGCUCUUCAUAUCAUGAAAUCUCUAUCAGUUCACAAGCAAGCUUUGGGGAGUUGAAAAAAAAACUGGCUGCACCAACUGGUGUGCACCAUGAGGAUCAGAAGCUGAUAUUCAAAAACAAAGAGAGAGAUUCCAAAGAUUUUCUAGAUGUUUUGAGAGUUAAAGAUGGAUCAAAAAUCAUUCUUGUUGAAGAUGUUGAGAAGAAAGAAAGAAGGCUCUUGGAAAUGAUUAAGGAUGCAAAUGUGCGAAAGGUUACUAAAACAUUGAAAGAAAUUAACUUGGAACUCAGCAAGCUACAAGGACAGGUCUUAGCCUUAGAACAAGCAGCAUCUAAACAUGACAAAAUUGAAGACAAGGAUGUGGAUGUUUUGAUUGAAAUUUUGAUGUCAAAAUUAAUCAAAUUGGAUGGAAUUUCAGCUGAGGGUGAUCUUAAACAACAGAGAAGAAUGCUGGUGAAAAAAGUUCAGAACUACAUUGAAACUCUUGACCAAGUAAAGCUACAAAAGGUUAAAAUUAACAGCAGCAUAGAUGGAAGAACAAAAAACAAGACAAUUCAAGACAAUUCAAGGAUGCGAAACGACAUAAAUUUCAGUGUAAGGAGGCCAGUAUCUCAGAAACCAUCCAAGAAUUUUGAGUCUCCAAUGGUAUCCACAAAAUGGGAAACUUUUGAUUAAUUUAUAGAAUCUUCCCAAAUUCAUCUUGAAAAUUUCAUGGUUCAACUUAAUUAAUCUUUGUUUCCUUUUCUCAAUUUUCUUUCUGUCUCAAAAUAUUUUCUCUCAUUCUAGCAAACUAUCCAAGGAUCUAGCUUUUAUGAUGCAGUGAAGAAAAAUAAUCUCUUUGAAUAAAUAUAAAUAUUCUUUCUUAUUGUGGGGGUAAAUUGGAGCUUUGCAAAUUUGUAUAUAAAUAUAUAUAGUUAAAGAUAUUGGAGUUGUGAGUUUGUGUAUACUAUUAUGCUUUUCUAUAAGUAAAUAAAUCAUAUCAAGUUGUAAUUCACUUGUUGCAUGAAUAAAUUUUAUUGAGUUAUUAUGAUU